AUGCCCUCGACGCCUGUAGCACUUGCUGUUGCCAUCGUCUUUGCGCUGGCCGCUUACAUUCUUAGGCUCUUCACCAGGUCCUAUUUCUCCCCAGCGCGUGACAUACCAGGUCCCCCCAACCCGAGCUGGUUAUGGGGUAACUUCAAGGACAUUGUCUUUGGGGAGAAUUGGGCCUUGCAUCAGCAAUGGUUCGACACGUACGGCCCCGUGGUCCGGUAUACCGGGCUCUUUAACGGAAAUACGGUCGUUACCAGAGAUUCAAGAGCAAUCCACCACGUCCUCAGCGACCCUGCCUACGAGAAGCCACCGCAGGCCCAACGGGACCUUGCGGCUAUCGUCGGCGGCAAGGGUCUUCUCCUUGUUGAAGGUCAUGAACACAGAAAGCAGAACCCGGCGUUCGGGCCCACCCAAAUCCGCGAAAUGACAGACAUCUUCGUCGAGAAAUCUCUCCAGCUCCGCGACAUUUGGAUGUCCGAGAUUGCCAAGAGCUCGUCAGCUUCUAAUUCCGAGAAAGCAACAGUCGACGCCGUAUCCUGGCUGAGCAAACUCACCUUGGACGUCAUCGGUCUUGCCGGUUUCAAUUACCACUUCGACGCGCUGAAUCCUGCGGGCACAACGAACGAGCUCAACGAUGCCUUCUCGAUCAUUUUCCAGACUGCGACCGCCUUCACCUUCUUCAAUUUCGCCAAGGGGUACUUUCCCAUCCUACAGUAUCUCCCGACAGAGCGUAACCGUAAAUCUGCCCAGGGCCAAGCCGCGAUGAACCGCAUCGGCAGACAGCUCCUCGCAGAGAAGAAAGCCGCCGUGCUCGCCGACCUCCGCGGCGAGAAGCAAAAAGUGGGGAGGGACAGCGUGCAGGGUCGCGACCUGCUCAGCCUGCUCGUGCGAGCGAAUAUGGCGACGGACCUCCCAGAGGGGCAGAGAAUGAGCGAUGAGGAUGUUUUGGCGCAGGUCCCGACGUUCCUGGCAGCCGGGCACGAAACGACAAGCACGUCAACCACCUGGGCCCUCUACGCACUCGCCCUCGCUCCCGAGGUCCAAUCCAAGCUGCGGGCCGAGGUCCUCGGUGUCUCCACUGACAUGCCGAGCAUGGACGAGCUCAUGGCGCUGCCCUACCUCGACGCGGUGUGCCGCGAGACGCUGAGGGUGCACGCGCCCGUGCCGGCCUCAGUAAGGAUCGCUACGCGGGACGACGUGAUACCCACCGACUCGAAGUGGGUGGACCGGAACGGGGUAGAGAGGCAAGAAAUUAGAGUUGCGAAGGGCGACAUAGUGUUUAUACCCAUCCUUGUUCUUAACCGCGCCCAGGCAAUCUGGGGGGACGACGCAGAGGAGUUCAGACCAGAGCGCUGGGAGAAAAUCCCCGAAGCGGCCAGCAAGGUCCCCGGGAUCUGGGGCAACCUGAUGACGUUCCUAGGCGGCCAGCACGCCUGCAUCGGGUACCGGUUCUCCAUCGUCGAAAUGAAGGCGAUUUUGUUCACGCUCGUGCGCGCGUUCGAGCUCGAGCUCGGGGUACCCGCAGAUAAGAUUGUCAAGCGUUCUAUGAUCGUUACCCGCCCAGUGGACCUCUCGGAGGGAGAGGGGAAGAAUAGGCUGCCGCUGAUCAUCCGGCCCUUGCGGCAGUAG